AUGCACCUUCAAUUUUUUGCAGAUUUAACAGCUCUAAAAGAUCUCGCUCUUGGAUCUUCAGACGAGAGUAGAAUUAACUCACUGAAGAGUGACCAGAGAAACCUAAUGAGGAACGUUCUAAUAAAUAAAGUACAAGGCCUAUUAGGAUGGGUCUACUAUACGAGAUCACUGACAGACGAGGAGAACAAGCAGACGGUCCUCGACGCACUGGGAUACUACGAGACACAGAAGCCAAACAAACCUCCUUUCAAACCAUCACCGCCUACCGUACCGCUAAGUCAAGAUGACGUUGAAGGGUUCGACCAGUUUGAGAAGGGUCAGUACCUCACAUUUUACCCAUCAUGCUUCGGAAAUGGCUGCUUCUUUGCUGUGCUCCUAAGAGAGGUAUCGCUCUUAACCUCCUUCAUUGAAUUGAAAUUGUAUCUAAACCAUUUUAACCCAAAAGAUUGCAAAACGCAACAUGCAUUCAUACCUAAACCGCGCUGUAAGAUCACAAACAAGAUGGCCAACCGUCAAGAGCUGAGUACACUUCCGCCGGAAACAAAUGACGUCAUUGUUUACAAUGGCAACAUUAAUGCCGUCAUUCAAGCUCAAAAUAUCUGA